CUUCCUUUCUUUUGCUCGCUAACGUCAAGCGAACAAAAAAAUAUUCUUUUUUUGUUUUAUUACUUUUACGAAUAAACUUGACCUUUAUAAAUGAAUCAUGUAAUUUCUUAACUCCGCUAACAUUUGGUUUUUUCCUAUAAUUUUUAGUGAUUGUUUUAAGUUAUUAAUAAGUGUAAAAAACAUUGUUAGGUUAGGAACUAGACGUUAUAAAAAACCUAUAAUUCUCAUUUAUGUCAUUUAAAAUAUAAUAAAGUAAAUAUGGAUUUCGUAAAACGAGAAGACAACAAUAUAUUCGACGAAGAAACCUACAAAAUGUACUUGGAAACUUUGCAGAAAUCCCAUAUGAUAGACACACCAGACUAUCAACAUACUGCAAUAUCCAUGGAACAGCUCCACCAAGCGAUGCAGUCAUCCCUCAACUCCAGCUCACUGGUUCACAACUUUCAACUACCAUUAUCACCAAGACAAAUGUCCACUCUCAUGCUUAAAACUAACCAUAUCACUCGAUCACUAAACUUCAAUGAGCUGCCGUCUCAUUUACCAAAAAAUCUGACGAUGGAAAUGGAGCUGAUAUCUCUACCUAACGAUUUACCUCAUAAUCUGCGGCACGAUGAUAUGUUAACUCAAAAUCUGUCUCGGAAUCUUGAUAUAACACUAGCACGGACGUUGAAUAAUGAAUUGGAAUUGCAGAACACUCUAUCUCACGUUCAAAGCUUACAAGAACAUGAGUUAACAAGAAAUAUUGGUGCAGAGUUAAACCAUAGUUUAAGUAGAGUCAAUGACUUAUCACAGAAUAUAGGCCGUGAUAUUCCACACGAGCUAGGGAAUGAAAUUGAUUUAUCACACUUGAGUCGGCAAAACUUAGAGCCUGAUGUUAUAUUAAGUCAAGAAGAUUCGAGAAGAAGUCACUCGGUCCAAGCUGCCGUUGAUAGUCAUUUAUUGGAGCAACAGUUGGUACAUAGAUUGGAACAAAACAUGGCCCUGAGAUUGGACCAAACUUUAGAUAGACUAGAUCAACCAUUAAACCAGCGCAUCGACCAAACAUUAGCACAGAGAUUGGAUCAGAAUUUACCACAAAGAUUAGAUCAAACAUUGGCUCAGAGGCUGGAUCAAAGAUUGUUUAAUUCGAGCUUAUUGCACGAACAAAAGUUGGAACCAAAUGAACAUUUGUACUCAGUUGCAUGUCAUAUAAAAUCUGAGCAAGAGGAUGAUGGGUAUUUCUAUGACAACAUGAAUCAAGGAAUGGCCAACACUGGAUUAAAUGGUGAAAUUCCCCAACAAGCGGACCACAGUCAGCCGAGUUCGAACCUCCAUCACGAUCAAAUAUACUCCCUAUAUAACAACCAAAUACCCAUUUCGGCUUUAAAUCCAAUAGAUCUAUAUUCCCGCCAACAAAACUACGUCCAGAACUACAUCACUGACGUUUCCCGUGAAAAUCCCCAAAACCUAGUCGUCCAUAGACAAUUUGACAACUCCAGUCCGUACACGGAGGAGUUUAAAAAGUUGCGCCAAGAUGGCGAAGGCGGGAAAAAAGAUUCGAAAAUCGAAGAGCCGAAAGAAAAUCUAAAACCGACCGAUCAGAAUAAAAUGUAUUAUGAAUAUUCGAAUGAUUAUAUGGUUACUGAAAAAAAUGAAAACGAUCCGAGUUCGAAUAAUAAAAUACCGGACGAGUUGUCAAUGAGUAUAAAAGGUGAAUAUGUUUGUUACAAAUGCAACGAAGUUUUUCCAUCGAAACGCUUGUUGAAACAACACGCGAAAACGUGCGAAAACGGCGAAAAUAGCGAAUUAGAAAAGUUAGGUAAAUUUAGUUGUAGCCAGUGUGCUUAUCGAUGUCAGUCGCCGGCGAUAUUGAAGAUACACGAACGUACGCACACAGGUGAGAAACCUUAUGCAUGUACGUUCUGUGAUUACAAAUCCGGUCAGAAGAACAACGUCGCAAAACACAUCCUUGUCCAUAUGAAACAGAAACCUUUCGGUUGUCAAUACUGUGACUAUCGUUGUGCACAGAAGAACAAUUUAGUGGUCCACGAAAGGACUCACACCGGUUACAAACCGUUUGCGUGUCCAUUCUGUGAUUACAGAACAGUCCAGAAACCCAACCUGGUCAAACAUAUGUAUUUACACACAGAUCAGAAGCCGUUCAGCUGUGAUAUGUGUAAUUACCGAUGUGUGCAGAAAACGAACCUCACGAAACAUAAACAGAGACAUUUGAACGAGAAAGACGGUGAUAAAAUUGAUACCAAAGCUCCGAUCAAGCCUUAUAAGCCAAGACAGAAGUCGGUCAAGUGUCCGCAUUGUUCAUACAGAUGUGUUCAAAAAUCAAGUUUGGAAAAACAUUUGCAAUUCAAACAUAAUGAUUUAAAUAGUGAUAUCGUUGACAGUGACUGUGGUUUGAAUUUAAUGAAGACUAAUACGUGUGAUAGUAUACAGAACUUGAGUGUUAAGAAGGCUGACUAUGAACUGCCGCAAGAUAAAGUGUUGGAACCUUUACCGUUGCAGUCGUAGCAUAGCUUUUAGUGUAAAUAGUUUUUGAAUUAGUGUGACUGAAGUUAAUUGUGAGUUAACGGUUUCCAUAUGUUUGUAUGGAAUGGUGCAAAAGUUUUAUUUUUGCUAUGUAGCUAGGUGAAUUACAAAGGGAUUGUGUGAUUUAUACGCGGUGUACUUAUAAUGUUAAUGCUCUCUUAUCUGUGUUUUUUAUUGGGUGUAUUAUAUUUAGUCAAUUUAUUUUUUUAAUUACACAAUAUAUUAUGGUAACAUUGUUACAGAUUUGUAAAAUUUAAUACCAUUUGUGUCUAUGAUAUUGGCAUAGAUAAUUUUUUUUUUAUUUGAUUGUCAAAUAGUUAGUCGACUGUGACAAUAUUAAUUCAAGCUUAUGUACUUUUAAUGUCCUGGAAUUGAAAUUUGUUAUAAGCUAGUCAAUUGUCAAGUUUUUUUUUUUUAAUCUAGUUUGGAUUAACAUGUAAUUUUUUUUUACAAUAAACUGUGCUCAAGAUUACUUUCCAAUAAAAUAAGGUUUUUGUUGGUAGACAUUGUUGUGGCAUUCUGUAAAGCUAAUGUGAUAAUUUUUUUUUUAAUUUUCACA